UGGAUUAUUUUAUCAAGAAAAUGGACGGAUCGUAUUGUCUUCAUUUUGUAUUUAUUUUAUUAGGUGUAGUUUCAUUCUCUGUAAAAGCUCAAGAUGUGUGCGUGCAGAAGACCGCAUGUAGUUGCGAGUUUUCCAAUGGCACCGGUAUUGACUUAUCGGAAUCAGCUAAAUCAUCCUUUUUUACUACGCAAAUAUACGAAUUAAGAGAAAACAAUACGCAAUAUGAGCUUGCCACUUAUUACUAUCAUCCGUGCUUUGAUGUUCUGCCUAAAGUCAAUACUACUGUACCUGGUAGUACUUGUAACAUCCCACUGUCGAUUUGCAGACAUGCAAACAUUAUGAAACCAGAUGGGAAUGUAACCGGGACAUUUAAGUAUGUAGAAGGCCCCUAUGAAUACAUGGGAAGUUCAAACUUCACGAAGAUGAGUCCUGACGGUCAUUCCAUUGAAUUUGCUAAUGGCCCAUCACUUGGGAAGGAUACUAAUGUGUCUUCAAUAAUGUUGCUAGUAUGUGCUGAGACAGAUGACAGGCUUGACGUAUAUUCAGCGGAAGAUCCAAGAAAAAUUGUGUUGUCGUUCUACUCGAGAAACGCGUGUCUCAGGCAAAUCGACGAAGUGGGACGGUCGACGGGCUCCACAUUGUUGAUCAUAUUCUUCUCCUUCGUGGUUUUCUACCUCGUCCUCGGAGUUUGCACUAAGAAAUUCCUGAUGGGAGCGACAGGCGUAGAGGUGGUGCCGAACUUGGCGUUCUGGUCGGAUCUACCGAAUCUUGUCAAAGACGGUUGGGCGUUUACAUUGAACGGAUUCAAGCUUCCCGCUCGAGGCGCCGGGCCGACCACCUCUCCCGACCCUAACAGCUAUGACAGCAUAUAACAUCAGAGGGAGGACACCAUCUCUGAAGGGCAGUUAGUCCUAAUCGAAUAGUCCAUGUCAUUUGCGCCUCAGAUCAAGAACACUAUUAGAUACUGCGUCGAUUCUAUCAAACAAGUAAGUGUAACAGUGUAAUUUCUUCAAGACAAAUUGGCUCAAUGUUUUCAGCUGUGCUAGCCAUUUUACUAAUUAACUUCUUGUCUGCCGGAACGUGGAUCUCGAUACAAUGUAAAAUUAUAUUGUGUCUGGUAUCUCGAUAGAUUAGAGGUUAAAAUGCAUUCUUGCGUUGUACGUUUGACUAUCAUCUUAUGUCAUGAAUAGUGUUAAUGUUGUUGAAUGGCUAUAUACAACAGCUAUAUGUAUACAUACAUAAAUAUAUAUCUAUAAAUUGUAUAUAAUUUUUUCAAGUGGGAUAGGGAUGGGAUUUUUUUUAGUUUUUUGAUAAUCAUUUAAAGUAGUAAGAACGCAAAGUCCUGUGCCUGGAAAUCUCGGCUUUGGGCGCUUAAACUUAUAACCAAAAAUUAGUUAAAGUGACUUUUUUUAAAAACGCAGUAAAUAUUGUUUCUCUUCGACAACUUAGCGUGGACUGUUCUUGAUCUGAAUUUGCAAGGCGUUAUUGUACACGUUUUGGCAUGUGUAACGCAGAACAUUUUACUAUUUAUUAUAUUUUUUUGAUCAAAUUGGUAAUUAUUAGGGAAAAUUAUAUUCAAUAAGCAUAACAUUGAAGCUUUUUAUCUCCACUAUCGAUGCCGGAUACAAUUUAUUUGUGAAAUAUUCUGCGUUACCAUUUUAUAUUAGGCUUAAGAUAAAAUCGAAUGUCUUACCACCGAUGUAGCGUGUUUGUGGGUUGGUUAAUAUUGAACUUUUUCGCUUGCCAUAUAGCAGUAAAUCGUUUUUGAAUAAAUCGCUGCGUUGGUGGUAAGUUUUUGUGACAAAUUGCGCAAAUAAUGCACUCUGUUAAACGUUGCGCUACUGGAUAGAAUGGUAUACGCCUUUUGCAAAUACAUAUUUAUUUUACCCUCUCUUGUCUCUAGGAAUUAUCCUAGAAUUGUUAUCAAAUUGCUCCAGGUAAGUCUAAAAAUCUUUGAUUCGCCGUGUCACAAAAUUAAUCUCAUAAAGAUAUCGGUCGGUAAAUACAAGAAAAUAUGAUUUACUACGCUCGGUACAUAUUCGGUGGCGUGGCGUUUUAUUAAUAAGUACAUUUUUACAUAAUAUUUAAUAAUAUGUUGAGAGUAUUAAUAUAAGAGUCUGUAUCAUAAUAAUACACUUUUUGUCUAUGCUUAUACUCUUAGGGUGGUCGCGCACUGGUAAUCCAGGUCUAAAGGUAGGUUCCCACUGAAGUAAAUGUGCAAUAGAACGAGAGAGAAGUCGCUUUGUCGCUCUCUCCUUCGCAGUGAUUGGUUGAUUCAGUACGCUUCCCUACGCUUCGCCUCAGUGGAAACCCGCCCUAAGACCAUUGGGCUCGGAGACCAGUCUGAUAUACAUAAGUCGUUGCAUCUAGUCCGCAAGACAAAAUCUCUGUUGUAUAUAACGUCUGGAUUGUGCACCCAGUAAUGUUAAUGGACUAUGGCCUACAAAGACCGCCCUUUAAAAUAUACUAAUUGUUUAUACUAUACGGGGUAACUAGUGUCUUUGCACACUCACUAGAACGACCAUUACUACCUCUGUGAAUGUAGUAUGAUUCCAAUUUCAAAAUUCGCCUGCCCCUCACAGCUCAAGUUGGGAACUGAGGCCACAUUAAAUUCAAUUCAUUUAAUGUCAUAAUUUAAGCAUAUAGUAAGUGCGCAAUGUCAAGAAAUAUUAAAUGCAGACCUUCACCUCAAUAGGGUAGUUACCAACUAGUCAAAUCAGUUAUUUUUACUAAACGUGAAAACACGAUAUAACUAUGAAUUUGUAUCGAAAAGUAACCUGUGACGUCAUAGAAAAACGUGACAAAAUGACGCACUUAUUAUUACAUUUUUCUUUAUUAAAAUUCAUAAAUAAUGUAAUUAGAAAAAAGAAAACGUUUUUGUCACCCUUAGACCUGUCUUUAUUUAGUAAUCAGAAUUUCAUAAUUUAUCUUUGACCUUGGAAACUACCAAUUAUAUCAAAUUCCUAGCUGAAUACUCUUUCCAACUUUGGCAAACUCUAUUACAAUAAUGCGUCGUACUAUUACGCAGUUUGCUAUCCAAAUAUAACGAAUACAUAAUAUUGAAUUUAUAUCAUACUUUUUAAACUUGAUAGAGUAAGAAUACGCGGUGCAAUCAUAAGUGCAAUACAAUAAUAUUGACAUAUUAUUCGUCAAUGGGUUGAUGACCCGCUUUUAAUUCAGUGGCUUAAGCGUUGGAAAGAUGAGUUAUGUUACGCCUUUUCACCUAAGGUCGCACCUGAACUUAUUGACUAGGAUUGGCUUGAGACGGUUGAAAACUAUAUCUAAACCACGAACACAAAAUUGUGUUAUAAUGGCGCUAAUUCCAGUAAACACCAUCUAAUUUAUUUCAAGUUAUAUCUGUCAUUUUCUUAUCCGCCGAAAAGGAAAGGGACGGGUAAUCGACAGGCAUAAAAUUUACGGAACACACGACAAUUAUAGGCCGAAAAAAACUUCUUAAAAUUUUAUAUUGGCCAAUAAUUCGAGAAUUAAGUUGACAGCACACGUAAAAGGGGUUGCAUAUCCGCGGUAUGUCUUAUAUGUAAUUCAUUUUAAAAUUAUGAGUUGUCAGUUUCCCGUCCCUUUCCUUUUCGGUGGAUAAGAAAAUGCCGGGUAUAACUUAAAAUAAAAUUAGGAGGUGUCUGCAGGAAUCGGGGCCUAUAUUGCCCUACGCCUUUUAUGAUUGAAUUAUAAUGUAUUUGCGUCCAUAUAUGCGACUUAAGCCAGUCCCGUGUCUAUAAGUGUGUCUCUAAUACGGCUUGCCAACAUGAAAAUAAACCUAAGAGUAAACAACUAAAAGUACAUCAAAGUACAUCGAUUCAUAAAACACUAUCAUUAUAUAUUUUGCUUACUUAUACUUUGGAUAGUAUUGUAAUGUAUUAGUCUUAGAGUUAAUUACGUUAAGAAGGUUCUGUAUAAAGCAAUACAUUUAUUGAUAUAGGUUGUUGAUUUUGUAAACUUUUAUUUUAUAUUCACCCAUGUGUGUUUUUUUCACUUAUUUUUUUAUUAUUAGGAGUAUGUAGGUUCACAACUUUUAUAGAAGCUCAAGCUAUAUUGUAUUUUGUAUAUGAUUAUUUAUCAUGUAACUUUGUCUUCAAGUGUGCCAACCAUAAUAUUAUUCAUAAAAUAUUUAGUUCUGAUGACGUAAGAUAAACCUUAUGGUAUCAAAAGUUCAAUGCACUUUGGCUAUGAUAUUAUACUCAAUAUACCCAAUGCAUAAUAUUUUUCGUAACAUUAUUACUUUUAACAUAUCUUAAAAAGCUUUUAAAAUAGAUACUUACGAAUUUAUCGGACCAAUUUUUGUUUAUUUUUUAAAUCAAUCAGUUUAAUUUGUAAAUUAAGUAAUAACCAAAAAAGACAGCAUAAUAAUGGAAAGUACUGAUCAAAUGUGUAAUAAUUGUAGUUUAAAAAUUCUUAAAUUGUACAUUGGUGCUGAUUCCAGUACGCACCAUCUAAUUUUAUUUUAAGUUAUACCCGUCAUACCUGACAAAAGGACAUUUAAACAAUUUUAUGUAUGCUAAUAAUUCGGUCGAUAUCGGCGAGAUGCCUCUUUUAUUCGCUCGGGUUAUUCAUUCAUUUUAAAAUCAACAAUUGUCAAUCAUCCGUCCCUUUUCUUUUCGGCAGAUAAGAAAAUGACGGGUAUAACUUAAAAUAAAGUUAGGAUGUGUCUGCAGGAAUCUAGGCCAUUGUGCUAAAAAUUAAAGCUAAAUUUAAGAUUGUACAAUUUCAUGCAAAUAACUUCAGUUUAUAAUAUUUUUGUAUUUAAACAGAAUGCCAAUGCAAGAACAACGUGGCACAAAUAAUAAAAUACUAAAUAAAGUGUAGAGAGAGACUGUUUGGAAUCUCUUGUGUGCAAUGUAUGUUUAUUAUUGUUAUUAUAUUAGUCACUAGUCACCGUUCUUCAUUUAUUAGUCUCAUUAAUCACGUAUUUUUUAUCACACUGUUGUUUUCUUAGAGGUAUUUAAUAUUUGCGAAAGUCUGUUCAUUUUUUACUUUUUGUAGGUACCUUAAACUGUGUGAUGGUAGCAGGAGCGGAUCCAGCUUGAGCGCAACCAGGUCGCAGACAACCUGCCUCCGUAGAGAAUUAUAUAAAAUUGCAGUGGCCAUCCUAACUUUUUUUUUUGUAACGAAGGGGAAAUCCUCAUGGAUACCUCGCCACCCGGGGGAGCGAUGAGGUUAUGUCGGACCCUUACCGACUAAAACCACUCCGAUGACCCUCUGCUGCGCAUGUCGGGAAGCUCCGGGAUCUCUAACGAACGCACCGGUGCUUCCCUCGCGCUUGCUAUUAAUAGCGCGUCCCGGGGUAGAUCCCCACCCUUACGCCAUCCCGCUUUUACAGGAACGCGAGGCCAUGUCACAUUUCCGUCCUUCCCGGAGACCGUGUGAUGAGCGGUUAGGGCCCCCGCCCUUACCACUCACGAUCCCCAGUGUCCCCUUUCGGUCGCCUCUUACGACAGGCAGGGGGUACCGUAGCCCUAUUCUUACGCCCGGAACUACAGAAUCUAACCCAACCUGUCGCCCAUGGGCCGGUCAAGACCCCCUCCACUGGAUCCGCUCAUGAAUGGUAGCAUCCAAGAUCGCCCCAUUUAUAGCUCUAUUGUAGUAAACUGAAAAGAUAAACACUCAAAGCUGCUAAACUAACCCGCCAGCGGCUGUGGCACUGAUCCGUUGGAUUUUUUUUUAAAUAAAGGGUCAUUCGCAAUGGAAAUAUAGAUACAAUGCCUGUUUUAUGGUUCCAUUACUGUGUGUGUACCUAUUCAUUCAACUGGAAGAAAAGGUUAUGUAUGGAACGCAUCAUCAAGCUACUUCAGUGCGAUUUGGUGGAAACAUUUACAGUGAAAAAACAAAGUUAAUCACACCUGACAGACAAAUGUAACAAAAACUCAUACCUAAUGGUCAUUUCCUCUUGAUGAUGAUUGGGCUUCAUUAUGUCACCCACACUGAUUGUUGUGCACAAAUUGUCCAGUAGUUGCGGCCAAUGGCGUUCAUCAAAAAGACACCAAGAACGCAUCGAGAAUAAUUCUCGAUCAUGAGAGGAUCAUGAUCAGAAGUCAUGAUGAAACACUACACACUUUCACGCUUGUCAUCCAAUGUUGUUUACAAUUAUAGCUUGUUUUUUAUUUUAUAAUAUAUUUUUGAAAUUUGUUUAAGUAGACAUACCUACUAAGUGUGUUUUAUCAAAUACACUUAUAAACAUUUUAUAGAAAAUAAGUUUUAAAGUGUAAUUGACGAUGUUUCGAGUAUACAAAAAGUGUGUUGGCUACAAAAUGAAACUGUGUGUAUAUUUUGAUAAAGAAAUAUCAUAAUACUUACUUGUAAAAAUAAUUAAAAAUAUAUCGUACAUAUUUUUUGUAACAUGUAACGUGUAUUGAAAAGGAUAUUUUGAACACUAAUCAAUGUUUUUAGAAAUAUUUUCGCGAGUAUUUUCUAAGAUUAUAAAUUGAAUAAACUGAUAAUAAUUUUAUAA